AUGAAUAAGACUGUUAAUAACAGAGACAUCUAUGAAGAAAACAGCUACAAAGUCAUAGUUCGAUCUUCAGAUAUGUCCGACUUCCAACAGACGGAAGCAGCCAGGAUUAUAACUGAAGCCCUGACCAUUCAUCAGAAGGAGACCCUGGUGGCAAAGACGGUUAAGGCUUACUUCGAUGAGAAACACGGACGUGCUUGGCAGUGUGUUGUUGGAAAGCACUUUGCAAGCUACGUCACCCAUGAAGUGAACACUUACAUUCUGGUUCACAUUGGACAAAACACAUGA